AUGUGUACUGUCGUGACCCCAACCMCCGCCAUUCCGACGCAGCCAAGCCAUUCGCCCACCGAGGAGGCAGCUGCAGAAUUGCCUCGCGCAUACUAUGAAAAAAUAGCGGCCACCCACGAUUCGAUUGAUAAGGUGCAACAGUCAAUUACUGUGGCGCUCCAGCAAAUCGAUAAGAACUUUUCAGAUUGCUACAAAUGUGCCCUGUCUUUAUACCAGGAAUUGGCUCAGUACCAUGCUCUUCAACUGGAAACACGAAAGGCGCUCGAGGUAAUAUGUGGGGACAACGAGUUUUUGUUUUCUGCACUUGGUGCAUCUCCAUUAAGACAAGAUCCCAUCGAAAAUUCACGUGCCAACUCACACUCCGAUUCGAAUCCCAACCGGGCAUCGAUUUUUCAAGCAAAAGAUGGGGCCCUCAUUGAUCCGGUUACGCCAAAAGCAAACGCGUUGCUAUUCCAUUACCUCAGAAGAGCUUCUCUUGCAAACCACCAGCAAGCUUUUAAUGAAUCUCCCAACGAAGCGCUGCAAGAAUAUCAACACAGUUCUACCCCAUUAUCGGACAGGAGCGAUAGUAGCACCAUGUCUCCCCCUUCCAUUUCUAUAACCCCGUCUUCUUCUAUGGCACCUCCUUCUUUAACAUUUCUAUCUGAAGAAUCUUCAAUGAUAGCUCAAGAUGGGGCCACUGCUCAAGGGCACUCCAUUCUAAUGGAUUUCAGCCCUAGAAUUCGAAAAUCCGUCGGUAACGCCUCCGCCUUUUCUUCUCCUACUCGGGAUCAAUCCUUUGUGGGAUCGCAAAAGACACCUACCACUCCUGUAAAUAAGAUAGCUGAAGCCGAUCCAAUGCUAACGCUGUCGAUGGAGAGACUCUCUGUCCGGCAAUCGAUGGAUGGUGAUUUAUCUCCAAAAAUUCUGAAAUUCUCAGUGGCAAAUUCAAAUGAAGUUGAAGAUAUCAUUUCACAUACAGGAUCAAAUGAUGCCGAUCAAAAUCAAGAUAGCCAUGAAGAUAGCGAUGAAGAUGCCGCAACUACGAAUUUAAAUGAAGAUCCCUCCGAUUUUUCUUUGGAUCGCUUUCCAAUCGUAUUUCAGACGCUUUCCGAAGUAUGCUCGCUUGUCAGCGUUUCUGAGGAAUACGCAGAAAUCCUAUUGGACCUGCUCGUACGAAAGAAGCAUAUCGUUUGCGAUAUCCAUCAAGCCCAAAAGUCCUGGUUUAGGAUUAAUUAA